AUGUUAAAACCACGCAAGAGAGUCCCAAUUCUUCCUCAAUUUUCCACUGAAGAUUUUAUUAGCCUUUCAAAUGACAAAACCCAAAAAAGUCCAUGUUUUGGAUUUCCAUUUACACCCCAAAAAUCACGAUUAGUCGCUUUAAACCCCAAAACAGCUUCCCCAACUCAAACUCCAAAAUCUACUAAAUCUAGAUCAAGGCCUCAACGUUUUUUAUCACCUUAUAAUAAGCCAAACCCAAGUCUAAACCGAUCGUCUUCUUCAACAGCUAUGAAAAGAAACUGCAGCGAAGAAGGAUUUGAUUCUCCAAAGCGAGUAAAAGACCGCAAGAAAAGCUCAGGAAUGGAUUUUCUGCAGCAAAGUACUUUUGAUAAUGGGACUUUGCUUCAAAAUUCGUCCCUUUGUACAGAAAUUAAUGAAGAAUUAGCGAAAUUGACCCCUGCCAGUAAAGAAAAACAAAUUUUGAUAUGCAAAAUUAACUUAUCGAAACCAAGGAAAAGAGUCCAUAUUUUGCCACAAUUUUCAGGGAAAGAUUAUGUUUAUAGCUCAGUUGACAGAUCUAUAAAAAGCCCCAGCAUUGGAUUCCCUAUUACACCUAAUGAAAAAUCACGGAUAUCUGCUAUAGUAAAUUACAUUGAAUGAGGCAAAAAUCUUAUUAGAAAAUCUAUAGUAAGCUAUUCAUGGUAUUUUACUAUAUAAAUCCUAAGACCGCCUCUCCUACACAAACUCCGAAGUCUACUAAAGCUAGAUCAAGGCCUCAACGUUUUGCAUCACCUUAUGCAAAGCCAAGACUUAACUUAAAUCGAUCAUCUUCUUCUAGCACUAUGAAAAGAAAUCAGAGUGAAGAAGGAUUUGUAUCUCCAAAGAAAGGAAAAGACCGUAUGAAAAGCUUAGGUUUAGAUUUUUCACAUUAUAAUUCUUUUGAUAAUGGCAGCAUCCUACAAAAUUCUAUGAUUAAUGAAGGCCCAGGCAAAUUGACGGUUAAUUUAUUUUUUUUUAAAUUAUUUUUUAUAUAUAAAAAAUAAAAGAUUUUUAUUUAUUUCCAUAUUGACCUGUAAAUAAAGAUGAAAAAAUUCUAAUAUGUAUAUUAGAUGAAGGCUCCCAGCGAAAAAAAUCCACAACCCCUCAUCCUGCUAAGCCAAAAUUUGAAGAAAUUCCAAAAUUGGAUUUAUCAAGACUAGACUCCAAAAAAAAUUUUAUAGAUUCUAAUGGUAAAAAUUCUUCGUUUACAGAUAAUAAAUCAUUUGCAGACAUACAAGAAAUUAGUGGAAAUACUGGAAGCGGCUCCAUGCCAAAUGAUUGUGCAUUUUUGAUAGUGCAGCAAUUCUUAUGAGGCAUUUGACUAAAAAAACCGUUAAAUUUCGGCCAAUGGUACACUUUUUUUAAAAAUUUUGACAAAAUUUUUCUUUGAUGAAAUGCAAAAUAUUAAAAGUGCAAGAUCAUUGGGCCUGCACUCACUGGAAACAAACCAAAGGAAGGUCCGAUUUGUUUCCAAGAAGAAUUCAUGUCAAAAUUCCAAGAGUUUUCUGAGUCAUGGAGAAAUAUGAUACAAGACCAGACCAGAACUUAA